AGGCCACAGACACGCUAGUAAACAUUUUAAUUUGAGUUUUACUUAUCGCGCAAAGUCGCCUGUUCAGUGCCGCUGUUCGAGGAAUAAAAACCACCAUGUCCGUCUCCGCUGUGUUCGUGCUUGACCUGAAGGGGAAGGUGUUGAUUUGUCGAAACUACAAAGGUGAUGUAGACAUGGCGGAAAUCGACCACUUCAUGCCUUUACUCAUGCAGCACGAAGAGGAGGGGCUUAUCUGUCCUGUUGUCUCGCAUGGCAACGUUCAUUUCAUGUGGAUUAAGCACAGCAACCUGUUCUUGGUGUCAACCACAAACAAAAACUCCAACGCUUCCCUCGUCUACUCCUUUCUCUAUAAACUGGUGGAGGUAUUCACAGAGUACUUCAAAGAGCUGGAGGAGGAGAGCAUUCAGGAUAAUUUUGUUGUCGUUUAUGAGCUGCUGGAUGAACUGAUGGACUUUGGGUUUCCUCAGACAACUGACAGCAAAAUCCUGCAGGAAUACAUCACUCAAGAAGGUGCGAAGCUGGAGGUGGCAAAGUCCAAGGUACCAACAACUGUCACCAAUGCUGUCUCCUGGAGGUCAGAGGGCAUCAAAUACAAGAAGAACGAAGUCUUUAUUGAUGUCAUUGAAUCCAUUAAUGUGCUGGUAAAUGCUAAUGGAAGUGUAAUGAGCAGUGACAUUGUUGGGAGCAUCAAGCUGAAAACCAUGCUGUCUGGGAUGCCUGAACUCCGCCUGGGCCUCAAUGAUAGAGUGCUUUUUGCUCUCACUGGACGUGACAAGGGGAAGACAGUGGUGAUGGAAGAUGUUAAAUUCCACCAGUGUGUCCGCCUUUCACGUUUUGAGAGUGAUCGUACCAUCUCCUUCAUCCCUCCAGAUGGGGAGUCUGAACUUAUGUCUUACCGCAUCAAUACUCAUGUGAAGCCCCUUAUAUGGAUCGAAUCAGUCAUAGAGAAGUUCUCUCACAGUAGAGUGGAGAUCAUGGUGAAGGCCAAGGGACAAUUUAAAAAACAGUCUGUGGCAAAUAAUGUGGAAGUCAGGGUACCAGUUCCCAGUGAUGCUGACUCACCCAAGUUCAAAACCAGCACUGGCAAUGCCAAGUAUGUGCCUGAGAAGAACCAGGUGGUGUGGACCAUCAAGUCUUUCCCAGGAGGUAAAGAGUUCCUGAUGAGAGCUCAUUUUGGUCUGCCCAGUGUGGAAAAUGAAGAGUUAGAGGGCAAACCUCCCAUUACUGUCAAAUUUGAAAUCCCAUACUUCACAGUGUCGGGAAUACAGGUACGAUACAUGAAGAUCAUAGAAAAAAGUGGCUAUCAGGCUUUGCCCUGGGUCCGCUACAUUACUCAGAGUGGAGAUUACCAACUGAGGACAAAUACAUAAAGUCAAGUCAUUACUGAAUUAACUUGUGGAACUUCCCAAGGAUUACCACUUGAACUGGAGACUGAAAGGAUGCCUUUAUAAUUUCACUAGCUGUUUAUAAUGUCAGUUGUUUUUUGAAGUCCAUGUGCAACUCUGUUAUUUUGUUUCUAUUGUGAUGCCGCCUUAAUUAUUUAAACACUCAAAUUAAUGUAUUGUAUCAUCUGAACUUUAAACACUAUAUUGGUGAAGUCUGUGGUUAUUUUAUACCAACGACUUAUGCAUUCAUUAUCACUGAAUUCCGCCUAAAAUGAAGACAUUGAACCCGCCUUUUUACAUUUGCUACUGCAGAAAUUUAGCUGGAACGCUGAGAAAUGUGAAUGAACUACGACUGAGACAUUAGCGUAUACGAAUCGCCCGCUUUCUCCGCUGCUAACUCUGAUUGGUCGGCUGCCACUGUUGCCACAGCGAUAGUGUAGUAACCCAGUUAUAGUUCCGCCUCCUUCUCCAUUUAUGGAAAUGCUCCGCCCACACUGUAAACUGUGAUUGGUCAAUGUGUCUCCAUUCCAAUGUUUGUAAAUUGUGCUGCAGUGCGGAUCGCAACGCGCACUAUUAUUUUAAAUGUUAAUAAACAUUGCGUAUAUAAUUUGAAUUUGAAAAUUACUGGUUUUGGAAAAAGCGGGACAAGAAUUUCCACUACGCUGUUGGAUCAUCAGAAGCCAAAUAAGGCAUCGGGACAGAAUAUAAUGGUCUUUAUUGAGAUGGACGCCGGUAGUGCUUUGACGACGGCUGCAGCCAAAGGUAACACGACUGAGGUGCAGAAAAUACUGGAAGAGAGAAGAAUACAUCCUAACGCUCUUAACCAAUUUGGAAGAACCGCACUCCAGGUGAUGAUGAUGGGAAACUCACAAAUUGCCAGAUU